AUGGCUCAUAGGCCGCGCGAUGUGCUUUCCAAGGUCGAGCGCGAUGCACUUAAGGAACUCAGGGCCGACAACGACCUCGUUAUCGUGCCUGCGGACAAGGGGCGUUCAACGGUCGUAUUGGACAGGACAGACUACAAUCAAAAAGCUAAAAGCUUGUUGGAGGAUCGUCAGUCCUAUGUGCCAUGCGAAUCCAACCCCAUGAGAACGCUGACACGCGAGAUUAACGCGACGCUGUUGGCAAUGGAGAACUCAGGUGCAAUAUCGCCAAUCGACCGACGCAUGGCGAGAGCACAAGAAACGGCCCUAGCCCGAUUCUACGGUCUCCCAAAAGUGCACAAAGAGGGCGCUCCUCUCCGGCCUAUCGUGUCACGAAAGGGCACUCCAACCUACGGACUGGCAAAGUGGCUGUUCCAACGUCUCAAGUUUCUGACCUCCGAUUCGAACACCACAGUCAGCUCGUCAACGCAAUUCUUGGAGAAAAUUAAAGGAGUAAGUCUCCUGCCAAGCGAUAUCAUGGUUUCCUUUGAUGUCACGUCCCUUUUUACUUCUAUCCCGCAGGACCUGGCAGUCGAGACAAUCGAACUACUCCUACGAGAGAAGUACGACGAAACGGAGAAUCGCCUCGGACACGCCCAAAUCAUCCAGCUCCUGAAGUUCUGUCUCAAGACGUACUUUACAUUCGACGGAAAAAUCUACGAGCAGGUGAAGGGAACGCCAAUGGGUUCGCCGAUUUCGGGACUCAUAGCCGAGGCGGUCCUUCAACGGCUGGAGUCGCUGGUUUUGCGACAACACAGACCGAAAUUCUGGGCUCGGUAUGUGGAUGAGACCUUCGUCCUCAUCGAACGGGAUCAGGUGCUGACUUUCAAAGAACAACUCAACGCCGUCUUCCCGGACAUUCAAUUCAAGAUGGAGGAGGAGGAAAACAAUCAGCUGGCCUUCCUGGAUGUCCUCGUCUGCCGCAAAGAUUGUGGUGGCCUAAAAACCAAAGUGUUCAGGAAAGCGACAAAUACGACGCAAAUACUGAACUUCAAUAGCAACCACCCGAUCAGUCACAAACCCAGUUGCGUAAGGGCGCUAUACCGGCGUGUUGAGACGCACUGCAGUGAAAUGGAAGACAAGGUUGCUGAAUUACAAUAUCUUCGACGGGUAAUGAGAGCCAAUGCCUACCCGCGCAACUUUGUCAACCAGUGCAUACGAAAAGGACACCAGAGACCAAAUCCAACUAGCCCCAAAUUUUGGCGGGCUCUUCCGUACGUGAAGAACGUCUCGGAAGCCGUCAGUCGUCUUCUCACUCCACUUGGAGUUGGGGUUGCACACAGGCCGGAAGCAACCAUUAGGCGCCAAGUAAUGAGGACAAAAGACCCGCUGCCACGGCAGGAAACGUCUGGAGUCAUUUGCCGGAUCUGGUGUAGUUGCGGAGAAAGCAAUUAUGUCGGAGAAACUGGGAGAUUACUCCGUACGCGAAUUGCCGAGCACGCAGCAGCAGUGAGGCGGGGAGACGCUAACUCUCAGGUGGCGGCACACUCGACGGGACCCGGCCAUAAUUUCAAAUUUCAAGAGGCCGAAAUCCUCGCAAGGGGUGACAACCGCGUGAGCCGCGAGCUACUCGAGUCAUGGUUCUCAGGCCCGCAAUCCAUCAACAAACACAAUGACCUCCCGGUACCCUAUAGCGUACUGCGAUUUUCCCUGGGCAGGAGAAUCAGUCACAUGGGGAGGGCGCGGGUGAGCAAUUAUCACGGUGACAGUGAGCCAGUUUGCCGAGCAAUCGUCACACCAGCAUCGAGCACGGAUGACGAAAUCGCGGCAAUUAACAACUCGGACUCCUACCGCCAAGCCACCGCCGCAUCAAUUACGACCCCAGCGGCGAUUGUGAGAACUGUUAAUUGCAGUGCGCAUACGGUCCCACGGCAGCCACGUGCUAUAAAUACUGCACUCCUGGUGCCACCUUCACCUCUAUCUGCGAAUGUCUCUGAUGAUGGGUUCGAGUAAGAAUCCGAAACGUCAGGCAAAUAAACUUCUUGUCCCAGUGAUCGCAUCUUCAUCUUCUGAAUAAUCUCAAGUCCUUUACUUCCGAAGCCGUAGGCAAGCAAACGAUACAAAUAAUGGAACGGUCGGAAUAAAAUCUACCCACCAUCAAGAAAAAAAGCUUUGCGGUCCAUGAUGUUCAGCGUGGCUCUACAGCCGGGUGACAGAAGGCACAGUGACUUGUGUGUGAGUUAGUUCGUGGUACCAGUGGACCUACAUAUCCAUCUGGGCGCUGCAUCAAGACAUAGUAGAGAAAGCAGGAUGGGGUAUGGGAUAGGCGGAUGACACGGCCGAACUCGCACUAAGGGGUUCCGUCACACCCCCUAUAGUCCACAACAAACAUUCGAUCAGAAUUUUAACCGACAGCAGCAUAAGCGCCUGGUGGUGCGGCCGCAGCUGCCUCUAGGCGUGCCACCAAACCCGUUUCGAUUUCCAAUGACAGCCAAUGCCAUAAAACCCACAUUAAGAAGGAGACACUGUUGACUGACUCUACUACUCUAAAUUAAGUAGGUGGCAUUGUUGAUUGACCCUCAGACCACCAGCACGGCAACCCACACAAAAACUCAAUGAUCUGACUGUGCGAUCCAUGUCAUUCCGCCACUGACAAUCCUUCAUACCACGACCCUUAGCAUAUCAGAAUAUUGUCAAGCGCAUCGGUCUGUUUAAAUUGAAAAAAAAUUGCUCUUAGUCGUCGACGUUACUCUCAGUUUUCAUUUCAAGACGCAAAGUCACUUUCCGAGAGGGUCAGUGGUCUGAUGAGGGAAAUGUGCAUAGUAACUGAGUGAGAUCCACCGCUCGUCUAUACACGCCACAUGCUCGGCGAAGUCUGCUUAAACGCGCGCCCCAGGAUUUUACGCAUAAGCAGAUGUCACUUGCAGCAGCGGCGUGAUGCAGAGAAGGAGAUCAAAAAGCACAUUUCCAACAUGGGGGAUAGGUGGGGUGAAGUAGAAAUUUUAGAGAUGCCUGCGCGGUGCAUGUGUUUAUGGGGGGGGGGCGGGCGAUUAGGUCAUGUCGUCAAUGCCUGCCUGGUUUCUGACAAUUGUGUUCAUGCAUACGCAUGUGGUCGAAGAGUCCCAUGCGGUGGCGGAUUCCGCGGAGCCAAUGCGAGUGAGUCUUGUGCACUGUAAAUAUGCCAUCUCAUCGGGCGUUAAGUAAAGCUAUUAACUGUAGUUUACAUUCAAAAAAUCGCUUAAAUUAGCUUUAAGAAAUAGAGGAUAUUCUUCGAGCGGCACAGUUAUUAAGCAGUGGCCCAGACACGCGGCUUUCACCGCUGUGCGGCAGGGACGCAAGAGUUUCACUUAUUCAGUUAGCUUUUAUGGAGUACCUGUGCUGCUUGAAUGAUAUCAUGUAACCCUGAACUAUACUACUAGCUGCCUGUCGACAGUUAAUUUAUAUUGAACGGUCGCCUUGCAGUGUUCGAUGGACCUCGGCCCGAACGUAAGAUUUCGAUCUGCGCAUAUAGAUCUUAGAAUAUUCUGAUCUACUUCGCGUUCUCAGUACAUUUCUGAGAAAAUUGAAAUGCAAGAAAUUAACUUAAGUUGUCAUAUUUUUUACCAUGUCAAACAAUGCAAAUAAUUUCCUCUCCCGAACAAACACAUUACAACCACUUACAUAAAAUGAAAUCCAAGUCCUGCACUAAAUUAUUUCUGAAACUAUUCACUUGAUUAUUCUCUGGAGUUCAUAUUCCAGAAACCGCUAGAGAACGCUGGGGGUCCCACUGAAGAGCCGAACCCCUCGCAGCUGUGUCACGCAGCGGCAGAAUAUCAGCGAAACACGUGUCUGGGCUUUAAGCAAGCAUCUAUGUCGGUAGUACGGUAUAAUACCUUUACCAUAAAAUGAACUUUAAUUCUCCUUUAUAAGCACAAUUUUUUCAAAUUGAAUUCAUUGCCCUUUUGAAUACAUUCGACUUUUACGGAAAAUAUGCAGACAAAUAUAUUCAUCCUUUAUUUAUAUGGCGAAAAAUUACUGUUUUCCCAACUUUUUUACUCUAGAAAAAAAUCUGUCCACAUUUGAAAAAAGUAUCUAAAUUUGCUGUUGAUUUUGAUGCAGCGUGUUAGUGCGUUACCUAAAUCGGCGGAUUUUUCCGCGGCUUUUAUCUGGAUGACCUUUAUAUGGAUGCAUUAAUUUGGCGCAGCCAAAUGCUGAAUUUUUCGGCACCACUAUGCAGCAAAACAACCCGGCAUCAGUGCAGAGCAGAUUGCGCAUGUGCCGGCUGUUGAGAACAUAUCCGUCCCUCUUGUCGGCGAUACUGAUCUCGGGGGGAGGGGGUCAUCACUGUAGGCGUCAAUAAGCAUAAUAGAACACGGGAGAGUGAUGUGGGUGGAGGUUAAUACGCAUCAGUAUGAACCCGCAAGUCAGUUCAAACGGUCGCAGUUAUUCCCUUGAAUUAGGCACACAUACGCGAGCCUGAAGCGCACCCGAUCUCCCUACGUGGUCAGAUUCUACCGAAUGCCAAUUUUGUUUUCUGAAGUUUGUUUUUACGCGAUCAUUGGUUUACGCCGAGUAUAUAAGGCAUACACCAGGGCUACUCACCCGUACGUUCGUCUGGAGAUGCUUCGUCUGUUCCUCUGUCUGACGCUGGCAUGUGGCACUUUGGGACAAGAUAACCCUACUUUCCAACUUAGGCUUCAUCAACCUGAACUGUGUCUUCCCUUUCAACACUUCACAAUGAAUUACGUUAAGCACUGUGUUUUUUAUAACAGGUACUCAAACCGAAUAUGCAGUUAAACCGAACAGUGAUUACGUCUACGCUGAACUGUUGGAUUGCAACCUCCUGGUACUCGCAGCUAAAUGAGAAUUGUGACAUUUUCAGUUGCAAGUGAAAUAACGCAGAUUUUGCCUUUCAGAGCAUGACCGUGGAUGGUGUUCAAAUUUCGGGUCCGGCAGACGGUUCACACUGCGUCCCGCCAAAUGACUGCUGGGAAAUUGUUGAAUGUAAGUUGCAGCCGCCUGCGAUUUCUUGUCGCCUAACUUAGACUUGCGUCAUGCUGCCCACAUACCCAAAUUGUUAGACGUGUUGGGGGGGGGACUGAUUCAUGCAUUCACCAGUUAUCUAUGACCUAUGUCAAUCGAAAUGUACGCAUACAAAUAAUUCAUUUGAACAACUUUGCAAAUUAAAAGCAUUCGCAAAUUAUUAAAAUAUUAUGUAGUCAUCUGCAUAUGUACAUUGGAAACAACAUUUCUUUUUAUAAGCCGACAAAGUGUUGGUCGCUGAGGGCCGCAUGAGUGCAUGGUAUGCAGCCUUUACAGUACAACCACUGGAUUCCUACAGGUCAAGUCCAAUUAUAUUCCAGUACACGGCUUUUGGGACGUCGGAAUGUAAGUUGCAUAGAUGUCUACUUUAUAACCUACAUUAGCAAAAUGGUAUUUUGAUAAAUAUACGGUUUGCGGGCUUACUCCAGCUGUUGGACAAAUCAGUUUAUUGACUUAGGAUGACAAUAAGUUUGAACAACAGUUAAAGUGUGAGUUGCCCAAAUAGAUCUUCAAUGGGUUAUUUCCGCCCCUUAGUUGGAAUCAACAGACGCUUAUUUUUAAAUGACAUUAUAAAUACAACUUGCGUUUUGUGAUUAGGUUAACAUUGUAACCUCUAUCCCAAAUGAGCUGCAUGUUAUGCCAUUUCCUAUAGAUCCACAGGUGGACGCCGAAACAAUGCCUGUAAUUGCAAAGGAACUCUACAUGAAUGAAACUCUGUUUCAUGUUGUACACUUUAAUACGGAUAUCAAGGUAGUGGCAUAUCACCGUCUAACUUUACAUUAUAGCUACAUAUUCCCACAAGUUAUCACGCACUUUCUUAUUAAUAAGGGCAGUAUGCAUACAAAUUAUAAUACAUAUUAUAGAUGACACAUAAUCAGACGCACUAGCAUGACCGAUGAACGUCAGAGAUGGCGUUAAAUAUGCGUAAUGCAAAAAAGCUUGAAUUUUUGUAUCAUCAGCAUACAGUUCAGAACAUGUCAUGUGAAUUCAGACAUGAAAAUCAGCUGGUGCUUUCUACACAUUUAAUAUUGCGAUGUCAAUACGAUGGUCAGAACAGUGUAUCGUCCGCGACUGGCCGACGCACUCCGUUCAAAAUUGGACUAAUGUGCUAAAAUUAGUGUCAUAACUGGUGACAGUUUACCCUUCCACCAUUGCAGAGUGUAACCGCUGUCGGAGAGUUUACUAGAGGUGACUUGUUUGUACACAAGCUCUCUACGACACUGAAGAGAGGUACGCGAAAUACUACUGAUUAUAUGCAAAUUUAUGAAUAUCAAAGCAUUAAAUCCGAUUGGUUUUAAGCACCAGUUUCGCAUUACCGACUCCAUUAACACCUGUGUUUUUGGAUUUAUAGGAAUGUUGAGCAAAAAGGUUUUGAUUUUCACGGGGCAUUCGGAAACUCGAGUGCGAGCAGUGGAGUUAAAGUGUGAGGAAAUGCCAAUUUCCCGAAUUUUGAUCAAUCCGUCCGAUGAGACCGAGGUGGCAGUGACCAUGCUAACGUUCAUCGACUACGUGAACGCCUUCAAGUUGUAG